UUUCGUUUCUGGCAGCUGAGUCAUGAUAAGCAACUGAUCUCUGCAGAGCGGCAUUAACCAAGAUGUUCGCGUGGGGAGAGGACUACCGGCAGAGCUUUCGACUGAAAAAGGGCUCAAAUGUCCCAACCGGUGAUGGAGUUCAGCUUUUAAACUUCAGUUUCCACAUCGCAGAUCUGUCUGCAGGUCGCAGAGUGCUCGCCUUCAUCAAGGCGAAUGGAGAAGUUUCCAUCAUCCGGACAAAUGAGAACGCAGAUGGGAGAAGAGUGAGAGGAAAACAGAAGUUUGUGGAAUGUAAAGAGAAGAUUGAGGCUGUGAGUUGUAGUGAUGAUGAAGUAACUCUGCUCUCUGAGAGAGGCACAGUUUUCUGCGUGGACACAGCAAACAGUCCUUAUACACCCAGGCCUCCAAAAGCUUUGUGUAACAUCCCAGUAGCUCAGGUUGCGUGUGGAAGUCAGCAUACCCUUGCAUUGACCAAAGGUGGUCAGGUCUACACAUGGGGCCAGGAUUCUAGAGGCCAGCUGGGUCUGGGGAACAGAAAUGCUCAAGUCACUUCACCCCAACAGCUCCGAUCCCUGUCGGCCAUCCCUCUGGUUCAGAUCACAGCAGGAGGAGAGCAGAGCUUCGCCCUGUCUGUGUCUGGAGGAGUGCUCGGUUGGGGCAGAAACGACCGUGGACAGCUCGGACUGGGAGACACAGAAGACAGACAUACACCUGCUCCUAUUCAUUAUCUGAACAUGAAGAAAACUGUUAAUAUUUCCUGUGGAAAAGAUCACGCAGCAUUUUUAACAAAGGAUGGUGCAGUGUUUACAUGUGGCUCUGGUGAAUACGGGCAGCUUGGACACAACUCGUUACAAGAUGAACUCCGUCCUCGGCUUGUUGCAGAGCUGUGGGGGGCAAAGGUCAUCAAGACGGCAUGUGGAAGAUAUCACACGUUAGUGCUGACUGACUCCAUGAAAGUUUACUCAUUUGGGUGUAAUGAACAAGAGCAGCUGGGACGUGGAGAGGAGAGUCAUCCGUCUGUGCCACUACCUGUCCAGAUGCCACAGAGUGCCUCAAAUGGUCAGAUAAUUGAGAAUAUCUAUGCAGAAGGAGACAGUUCUUUCGCAACAUGCGUGCCUAACGAGGACACUCACAAAGGAUCGAACAGUGGCACAAAGAACAAGGCAACCCUGCAGCCGAUUGAAAAUAUGAUUGACAAGUGGAGUUCUGAAUGCGGUUCAAAGGCAUGGAAAGAGACAAAGCAGAAAAUUCAUAAGAUGUUUUCCUCUGCAUCCUUCCUGAAUCAAAGCUUCCUCGACUACAGAAAUGACAAGCAUUUCCAGACUUCACCAAACUACUCCGGCUUGGAUCUGUCACUCGCAAAAAGGACUUUUAAGAAACUGGUGAAGAAAGAUGAUGUUUUAGCAGAGGUGGAAGCUGCUGUUGUGCAGCUGCUUUCCUCUCUUGAUAAGAGACCAGUGGGAGUCGAAGGGUUGAGAGUCUUUCUGAUUCUCAAUGAGCUGCUUUGUGUGAUGCAGAAGGAACGAAAACAGAGCACAAAGCUUGUUGAGGAAAUUGCUGCCACGGUACAAAAACUCCCUGCUGAAAGCCUUCAGACUUUAGGAAACUGGUGGUCGUCAUUGUUGCCGUCCACGAUGGUGAAGCAUGUGAAUGUGUGGAAAACAGCUCUCUCAGCAUUCAUGUCGUUUGUGCCGAUUCCUCGCAACUCAGUCAGAAACAUCCUUCUAAUCCUCCAGAAUAUGCACAAUGCCAACAGGAAGACAGAAAUACCUGAAAAGACUUUUUGCUGCGAGAUGAACCAGCAGUUUCUUCAAGAUGAUCUGCAGCUCUGGCGUUCAAUGUUGAAAAUGAAUGGAAACAAACAGAAAAAGGGUGUGAAUGAUGCACCUCUCAUGCUGUGCAGCUUCGCAUUUCUGAUGGAUCUGCACUCAAAGUUAGUGGUUUUUGGCACCAAUGCACUAUGGACUCAGAGAGAGCAUCAGAAUACAAAGAUGGUUUUCAUGUGGCCUUAUGGAUGGGUUCCCCAGUCAGAUCCUACUUAUUUUGAGCUGAGGCUGAGGAGAGCAUCACUUUUGGAGGACACCUUCAUACAGCUGUCUGAUGCUCUCAGUCAGUCUGACUUCAAGAAACCACUAGUGGUCUAUUUUGAUGGAGACACAAAAGUCACAGCUGUCUACAAGAAAGACUUUUUUCACCAUUUGUUUCACAACUUUUUGUCAACUAAAUCUGGGAUGUUUAUGCUCAACGACUCCAAAACACUGGCUUGGUUCUCCUCCAGAGCAACAGAAGAGGACCGAACAAACUUCUUCCUGCUUGGGUUUUUGUGUGGGUUGGCUUUGUACAACACCUCUAUCAUACACCUUUCGUUCCCUCUUGCUCUCUUCAAGAAGCUGCUGGAUGUGGAACCGACACUGGAAGACAUGUUGGAGUUCAGUCCUGUUGUUGGACGGAGUCUACAGUACAUCAUAAACUAUGAAGAUGAUGACCUAGAAAACGAGUACAUGGACUUUUCGAUUGACUGGGAUAAAGCAGAGGUUGAACUUGAUCCCCAAAAUCCAAAAAAGCCGGUCACAAGCCAAAAUAAGGAGGAGUUUGUGGAUGCCUACAUCAACUAUGUCUUCAACACAUCAGUGGAGAAAACAUUUCAGGAGUUCAAGCGAGGCUUCUUUCAGGUGUGUGACCAAGAUCUGGUGAAGCUGUUUCAGCCUGAGGAGCUGCGAGAAGUCCUGGUGGGCCAAGAUGUCUACGAAUGGGCAAAGCUCAAGCAGAACACACUGUAUGAUGGGAGUUUCUAUCUCGGACACCCCACCGUGCAAAUGUUUUGGGAGGUUUUUGAAGAACUGACUGAAGAUCAGAAGAAAGACUUUCUGUGGUUCGUGACUGGAUCUCGAAGGGCCCCUGUUCUCGGCAUGAGCAAAAUGAGGAUGAAAGUUCGAGAGAAACUAGUUUUAAGCGGCUCCCACGAUCAGCACUUCCCCGAGUCCCUGACAUGUCACUUUAUUAUGGAACUACCUGUUUACUCAACCAAGGAGAUAAUGAGAGACAGACUGAUGGCGGCUCUGAACCCAGAAAGCGGAUUCUGGAAGUGAGAAUGAAGAAGCUAUUGUAUAUAUGUCAUUCUGUAUAUGUCAAAACACUGUCUAUCAAACACCAAAAAAAAAAAGAAACUUCCCAUUACUGACACAAGCUGAAGUCACCUUAUGUUUCUGUGUUGCUUUUUUCUUUCAGCUUCAAGUGAUUAUUUAAAAUUAUGUUUAUUUUAUGUGUUCUCAGGGAAAGAAAAACAUUAUUGUUAUGUGAUAAGAAUAAUUUAUAUACUAGUUUAUUUUACACAGCUAACUGAGUUUAAUACAUUCCAGCUAUGUUAUUACAUGACGUUUUUGUAAGACAUAUUUUAUUAAAAGAAAGGUUUGGUUAUUCUGUAUAUUUUAGGGGUUCUUCUUUAGUUUGGUUUAUGUAAUUUAGUACGUUACACAUUAGCCUACAAACAUCUCAUUCUCUUAAAUAAUGUUUUGAAACUUGUUUAAGCACUGAAAAUAUGGUGUGUCAAGAAUCCCUCCAUGCUGCACUCUGAGAUUUCCUUCAAACCAUUUAAUGUAAACAUGAUACUCAAGUUAAGCACAUAUUUUAUAUUUUAAAACAAAUUUUGUCCAAAAAUUUGAAAGAUAUGAAAGAUUGUUACUGUCUGUAUAUUAUUUUUAUGUGAUGGAGAUGAAGGAGUAAAAUGUCACUGUCUGAAACUGUGUCAUUCCGGAUAUGGCCGCUAGAUGGCGUCAAAGUGAAAUAAACUCAAUGACCUCUGUGGAACAA